CAGGGGCACGAGGGAGCCAAGGGUGUGUAGGGAUGGGGCCGCGGGGAAGGGACUGGGGGUGACUGUGCUGUGGCCCUGGGUGACAUCAGGGAGGCCACACCCACAGGGCAGUGUCACAUGGUGGGCGGUCAUUGUCACCACACUGAGAGCCACAGCUCACGGCUGUGAGGGGAGCCAGGGGCCGGGGGGCGGGGCACACGGCUCCCUCCCCGCCCAGCCCCAGGCCCUCUGCUUUCUGCAGGCCCAUCACCCAACAGGCGAGGCCUGGGCAGAGACCAGGGUCCUGCGGGCCAGGGACCGUCCUGGGAGUGGGGAAGGGCAGCCCCCACCCCUCUGCCGUCCAUGCGGGGCAACCCCCGCCCCUGCACCCGCUCUGGGCCCGGCUCACGGGCCGCACCCCAAGCAGGACUGCAGUCAGCCGCCCGCUCGGCCUGGCUGGCCCCUCCAGGCCCUGGACUGGCCCCAGGGCAGUGCGGCCCUUCUGUCCUCUGGGUACCAGGGCAUCAGAGAGGGGGUGGCCUAAGGAGUUGGGGAGAGGGUCCUGGAUCCCAGCUCGGUGUCCGAGAGCGGCCCCAGCUCCUGCGCGGGCGGGCUCUGAGGCCCAGCUCACCCUCCUCUGCCCGCCAUGUGGCCCUCGAGGUUUCUCAGGCACUGGGCUCCUUUCCAGGGCCGCCGACCCCACCCCUCACCCCAGGGCUCGAGAGCUGUCCUCCCACCGAUCUCUGUCUUCCGAACUCUCCCUUCCUCCCCUUCAAGGGCAGGCCUUCUGGAGACGGCCGGGCUGGGAGGGGGCCGGGCGGUGGCCGGGCGGCGGGGAGGUCACCUCCCACCCACACACGCGUGGCAUCGCGUCUGAGCUGACAGUGGCCGCGGAGGAUGGGAGGCUGGGCAGCCAUACCCCUGCCCCAGCAUGGACCCUCACGCCCUCAGCCCACUUCCGUGCCCCCACGGUGACUGUCUCCAUGGUGACGCAGACAGAAGGGCCAGGAAGCUGGCACUGGGCGAGUAGGGAAGUGCUGCUCACAGCCCCGCCCAAGCCGUCACAUGAGGGGUUCCGCUGGUCAUGUGACCCCAAUCACCUGACCUGAAGCUGCCCGGCAAAGUGAACAUGAGACCCCAUCCCUGGCCGACCCUGCCCUGGGCCCUGGUCCUGCUGCUGGGGCUGCAACCACGAGGCCUGGAGGCCAGAGCCCACAGACCCAAGGACCCUGAGUUUCAGGAGGCCUACUUCGAGCAGCUUCUGGACCAUUUCAACUUUGAGAGGUUUGGGAACAAGACCUUUCUCCAGCGGUUCCUGCUGACAGAGAAGUUCUGGAAGAGGGGCGAGGGGCCCAUAUUCUUCUACACCGGCAACGAGGGGGACGUGUGGUCCUUCGCCAACAACUCAGGGUUCAUCCUGGAGCUGGCAGCACAGCAGGGGGCCCUGGUCGUCUUUGCCGAGCACCGUUACUACGGAAAGUCGCUGCCUUUUGGUGAGCGGUCCACGUGGCGUGGGUACACGGAGCUGCUGACGGUGGAGCAGGCCCUGGCUGACUUCGCAGGGCUGCUCCGGGCGCUCCGGCGGGAGCUCGAGGCCCCCGAUGCCCCGGCCAUUGCCUUCGGCGGCAGCUACGGGGGGAUGCUCAGCGCCUACCUGAGGAUCAAGUACCCGCACCUUGUGGCGGGAGCGCUGGCGGCCAGCGCCCCUGUGGUCUCGGCGGCAGGCCUCGGCGACCCCUACCAGUUCUUUCAGGAUGUCUCGGCGGACUUCCAAGGCCAGAGCCCUGAGUGUGCCCGGGCCGUGCAGGACGCGUUCCGGCAGAUCAGGGACUUGUUCCAGCAGGGAGCUCCGCACGUCAUCAGCCAGGAGUUCGGUACCUGCCAGCCCCUCUCCGGACCAAAGGACCUCAACCAGCUCUUUGGCUUCGCCCGGAACGCCUUCACCGUGCUGGCCAUGAUGGACUACCCGUACGCCACUGACUUUGUGGGCCACCUUCCUGCCCACCCUGUCCAGGUUGGCUGCAGCCGGCUGCUGAGCGAGAGCUCAAGGAUCACGGGGCUUCGUUCACUGGCCGGGCUGGUGUACAACUCCUCGGGCACAGAGCCGUGCUACGACAUCUACUUGCAGUACCAGGCCUGUGCCGACCCCACGGGCUGUGGCUUGGGCAGUGAUGCCAAGGCCUGGGACUACCAGGCCUGCACUGAGAUCAACCUGACGUUCUCCAGCAACAACGUGUCAGACCUCUUCCCUGAGCUGCCCUUCACUGAAGCCCAGCGCCAGCAGUACUGCCUGGACACGUGGGGCGUGUGGCCACGGCAGGACUGGCUGCAGACCAGCUUCGGGGGGGGCGACAUUACAGCUGCCAGCAACAUCAUCUUCUCCAAUGGAGACCUGGACCCCUGGGCGCGGGGCGGGAUCCAGAGCAACCUGAGCACGUCGGUGCUGGCCAUCACCAUCCAUGGGGGGGCGCACCACCUGGACCUCAGAGCCUCCCACCCAGACGACCCUGCAUCUGUGGUGGAGGCCCGAAGGCUGGAGGCCGCCCUCAUCGGCAAGUGGGUGGAGGCAGCGAGGCCCACAGGGCUCCGGGGCUGAAGGCUGCCUGCCACAGGGCCAGAGACGGCCGGCUCCUGCAGCCAGACCCAUGCCAGGGUGGGCAGGGCCUUGCCCAAGGAGGUGCUGGACAAACACUGCUGGCCUGUCAGGCGUGUCUGGUCCUAUCCCUGUCCCGUCUGAGACCCUGGACGCUGGCAUGCUCACACCACCCCCUCAACGUGGCUGCUGAAUAAAGCAGAGUCCUCGGCUCCGCA